GCACUCCGCUCGUCGGCACUCUCGUCGUCUUCACCAAAACCCUAUAGCGGGAUGAAGAAGAAGCGGAGCCCCCAGCCCAGCUCCACCCGCCCGCCGCCAUGGCGCUGCUACGGAUCACCGCGCGGAGGAGAACCGUUCUCCCCGCCACCCGUGCCUUCUCCUCCUCGUCCUCUUACCCGCCGUUCCGUCCGCCCCCACCUCCGGCGAACGACCCCGAAGCCGCCCAGUCCCCAUCCUCCUCUUCCUCCCCAAACCCUGGCGCGCCGCGGAACCCGGCGUCCUCGGCCUUCCAGGACAUCAGAGAUAGUCUCCACACGUCUCCCGCGUCGCCCUCUCCGCCCCGGAUCCCGACGAACCUGCCCCGCCCCAACCCCUCGCGCGGAGCUCCUCCUUCGCAACGGACCCCUGAAGACAUCCGCCGGAUGAUCCUGAACUUCCGCUCAACCGGCGGCGUGCCUUCCACCUCCUCUCCAGGAGCCGCCUCGUCACCCUCCGCUCCCGGAGCGUCCCCCUUGUUCGCGGACCUGUUCAAGAAUGCCAGCGUCGCCCAGGGCCCCAACGCCGGGCAGGGGGUGCUCGGCCUCGAUGCCGUCCGAGGGAGCCUCAAGGCCCCCCGUUCGUCGAAGCCUUUAAUGACCCCUUUGCCGAGCAGCACCUUCCGCCCGGAGCUAGAGAGGAACUCGAAGGCUGUGGGUGCGGGGCAGGAAGAGAAGGGCUCUGCCAUUGCGCUUAAGAGGCACUACAGCCACGAAGAGCUUGGGAAGAGGCUAGGGGAGCUGCGGCCUGUGGGUGCGGGCAAAGACGGCAAGGAGUGGUUCUCGCUCACGGAGCUGCAGGGGCGUAUCGCCAAGCUGGCAGAGUUGGAGAAGCAGGAGUACCGGUUUGCCAGUGCCACUGCCAGGCACCCGUAUUCCGAACUCCGGAGUGGCAUUGAGAACCUGCAGAAACAAAGAAAACCGGCUCCGCUGGUAAACAUGAGUUCACUGCUGAACCUUGGCGGCCAGCUGGACUACAUGGAUCGGCCUCCGCAGGAGGAGUUGUUAGAGAAGUACUUCCGUCCAGAUCAUAUGUCAUCCGAAGAGAAGAUGAAAUUGGAGCUCCAAAGGGUGAGGGACGAGUUCAAGAUGUCCGAGAGUGACUGUGGUUCUGCACGAGUUCAAAGUAAACUCACUUUAUUCUUCUUGAGUUUGAAUUGCCCAACUGACUCUGAAAAUCAAGCAUCUGUCAGCUGUUCUACACAAGAAGGAUAAACAUUCUAGGAAGGGGCUUCAGGAGAUGGUCCAAAGGAGGAAGAAAUACCUGAAAUACUUGCGCAGAACCGACUGGGAUUCGUACUGUCUUGUUCUGUCAAAGCUGGGGCUUCGCGAUGUGCCAGAGUACAAAGCUCCUGACUACAAGAGCAAAGCAACCACCAAGGCCAAAUCUAAGAAGAAGAGCAAGGGCAAGGGCAAGAAGAGAAAGGUGAAGGCAUAGAGGUGGUGAACAAAUCUGCCCUUCUUUUGGCCAAAUCUAAUUAUAAGAAGAAGAGCAAGGGCAAGAAGAGAAACGCUCAGGCCCGAGAUGGCUCGAUCCAGUAUUGCAAUGCUGUAUUUGAAGCUGUUUGUAAUAACCAUUUCUCUGGAGUCUAGAUGCCUAUGUUUUUCCUUGUCUUGCUAGGAGCUGCAGCCUUCUCUAACAACUGAUUUCUUCUUGCCCUUAGGUCUUGUUUACUUCCACCCCAAAACUUAAUUUUUUUUAAGAUUCCCCA